AAACUGCAUUGGAACUAGAUAGAAACAAAAAGGGUUCAGCGAUUUCGGCUUCGUCUCGUCAUGCUAUCCCAAAAUAUCAACGUUCCCGCUCGGAUAUAAACACAAACACUUGGCCUACACAACUCACGUCUUUCCCAUACCCCAAAUCACAGAAUGAAGUACGUUUUGAUCACCGGAGGAGUAGUAAGCGGCCUCGGCAAAGGCGUCACCGCCAGUAGCAUCGGCGUCGUGCUUAAGGCCUGCGGCCUUCGCGUCACUUCCAUCAAAAUCGAUCCGUAUUUGAACAUUGACGCUGGGACCAUGUCUCCCUUUGAGCAUGGAGAGGUUUUUGUUCUUGAUGAUGGCGGAGAGGUUGAUUUGGAUUUGGGAAAUUAUGAGCGUUUCCUUGAUGUCACGCUUACAAAGGAUAACAACAUCACUACUGGGAAAAUAUAUCAGUCUGUUCUUGAGAAGGAGCGUAAAGGGGAUUAUCUUGGGAAAACUGUUCAGGUGGUUCCACAUAUCACUGAUGCCAUCAGAAAUUGGAUUGAGUCGGUUGCUUUGAUCCCAGUUGAUGGAAAUGAAGACCCUGCUGAUGUCUGUGUGAUUGAGCUUGGAGGCACUGUGGGUGAUAUUGAAUCUAUGCCAUUUAUUGAGGCUCUGCGGCAAUUAUCCUUUCAAGUGGGGCCUGACAACUUCUGUCUCAUCCAUGUUAGCCUGAUACCAGUGUUGGGUGUAGUGGGGGAGCAAAAAACAAAGCCUACACAACAUAGUGUCAGGGAACUGAGAGCAUUGGGCCUGACCCCUCAUCUUUUAGCAAGUCGCUCUGCUGAGCCUCUGCUGGAUAGCACCAAGGAAAAACUCUCACAGUUCUGCCAUGUUCCGAUUAACAAUAUUCUGAAUAUCCAUGAUGUACCAAAUAUUUGGCAUAUUCCCCUGUUACUUAGAAAUCAAAAUGCCCACCAUUCAAUUUUGCAGCAGUUUAACUUACUUAGCCGUGCUACGCCUCCUGAUUUGCAGCAAUGGACUGAGAUGGCUGAGAGCUAUGAUAAUCUUACUGAAUCUGUUAGGAUCGCGAUGGUGGGAAAAUAUGUUGGUCUAACAGAUUCAUAUUUAUCCGUUGUAAAGGCCCUACUGCAUGCUUGUGUUGCACGCUCAGUGAGACCAUCAAUUGACUGGAUUGCAGCUUCUGACCUUGAAGAUGACAGUGCAGAAUCUACACCAGAAGCACAUGCUGCAGCAUGGAAGACUCUGAGGAGUGCAGCUUGUGUCUUGGUUCCCGGAGGAUUUGGAGAUCGUGGUGUGAGGGGCAUGAUGCUAGCUGCCAAAUAUGCCAGAGAGAACAACGUUCCUUACCUGGGGAUUUGCUUGGGAAUGCAAAUUUCUGUAAUUGAGUUUGCUAGAUCAGUUUUGGGUUGGGAAAGAGCAAACAGUGUAGAGUUUGAUGCCCAAACACCGAAUCCUGUUGUAAUUUUCAUGCCAGAGGGUUCACGGACGCAUAUGGGAAGUACCAUGAGACUUGGAUCUCGAAGAACACUCUUACAUACACGGGAUUGUAUCACUUCCAAACUGUACGGAAGUUCUGAGUAUGUGGAUGAACGGCAUCGUCAUAGAUAUGAGGUAAAUCCGGAUGUCAUUGAAACUUUAGAAGAAGCUGGGCUAAAAUUUGUUGGCAAGGAUGAAAGUGGAAAACGAAUGGAGAUCUUAGAGCAUCCAAGUCACCCAUUCUUUGUUGGCGUGCAGUUUCACCCUGAAUUCAAAUCUCGGCCUGGGAGACCAUCUGCUUUGUUUUUAGGUCUCAUAUUGGCGGCAACAGGGAAGUUGGAAGAACACAUCACAAGUAUUCAUGAGAAUGGAAGCUGAUGUACGAUUCUUUACUAUAGGACUCAUUCCUACAUUACUUUUCUAAGUUAAAUUGGUUCUCUUAAGGGAAAAUAAUUGGGACGGCAAGAGAAAGGGAAGUAGGAACAGGAGGAAUGGGAAACCCUGAAGUGGAGUAUGUGUGCAGCUGCCUCAUGCUUCCCUAGAAAAUGAAAGUAUUGAUGAUUGUUUGAUGUGCAUAGAGGUCUGGAGCAGAGCUAAAUUCCUUGUGUACACUAUAAGGAAGUUACUCUUUUAUUUUAAAGCUGACUGUUGCCCCGACACUUACGGAUUUAUAUAUUACUACAGUUUAAGAAUGUUUCAUUGUUCAGUUUACCAUGCCCUAAAUGUACGUGCGCCUUUUCUAUUUAUGUUUGCUAAUUAGGUUUAAAAUUUUCUCAACAAAUGAAAUUGUUUGAAGAUAAUAUUAUAAUUAUGUUUUAUGGUUGUAAA